CUAAAAGUAAAACAACGCUAAAUGAUGUGGUUCAGUUCGUUUUUUCUUCUCGUAUUGCUUUGUCACUUCGUGAAGUGCAAUGGCUCGCAAUGCACUUAUGCAAACUGGUGGCGCAGCUUUGAUUACUCUGGUCGUUCGUCUUGUCCAGGGAAAUAUUACAUUGCUGGCCUUGAGAGAUCGUUAAGCAGCGAUCACACCAAAGAUUAUAUUUACCACAUUGAAGGAGCUCAAUGUUGCAAAGGUACAGGUGGUUAUAGUGAUCGCGCAUCUCAGUGUUUGAAUGCAGACUGGGUAAGAAGUUUUGACAGAAAUAACCAAUGGAACAUGUGUCCCAGUGGAUAUUUCCUGAGUGGCCUGGAGCGGAGUGGAAGUAUCAAAGACGGUAGAAAUUUCCUCCACAACAUUGAGUAUGGAUACUGUUGUAGACCAUAUGAUGCUCCUUCUGGAUAUAAACAUUGUUACAAGGCAAAUGUUUGGGAUCAUUUUAAUCAUAAUGAUCACGGGAUGAUUUCGUGUGGUCGCCCUGGUUACUACAUUACUGGUAUAUAUCGAUCAGUGUGUGAUUUGGUCUAUUGCAUCGAAGAGUUUAUGUGCUGCUCCAUGUCCAUGAUGUCAUAAUCAUGUA